AUGCAACAACACCCUCGUUUACCGGUCCCGGAGGCUAACCAGGCAUUCGAACGGUACAGUGCCGCCCCUGCCCUUGGUAAAGGAAAGCGUAGGGGCCGCGAGGGAUCAGAAACCUCAUCUUCGACCAAUGACCCAAUUGAGGAUCUGGUGGAACCUGACACUCUGGCUAAUGGAAUUCCCCUGAUUGGACCUGGCGCCGCCCGUGAACUUGACAGAAGAAGAAAAGAUGACAACGAAGUGAAGAAGGACAAUGAUAAGGGUAGCCUGAACAUCAAGAUCCACCUGGACUUGCAUGCCAAGGUGAAGUUGGAUUUGGAGGCUGACAUAUAUGGAGAUAUUGUGAUUGGGUUACUGUGA